AUGACCGUCGACGACUUCGUUUCUCGCUCUCACAUCCUCCACCGAUCCUUCUCCGACAGCCCAGCCAAGAUCGUCGCUGGGGACGGCAUCAACCUGAUCCUCGAGGAUGGCUCCAGGGUGAUCGAUGCAAGCUGUGGCCCCUCCGUGUCAUGCCUGGGCCACACGCAGCCAGAGAUCACAGAGGCAAUUACCUCUCACCUGCAAAACGACAUCGCAUAUGUCUACUCAGGUUCUCCAUAUACGAAUGCCGCCACAGAAGAGUUAGCGGCUAUGCUUCUAGCUCACAAACCAGGAGGUCUCUCGAAAGCAAUCUUCGUCAACUCAGGCAGCGAAGCCACCGACGCAGCACUCAAGCUCGCCGUGCAGUACUGGCACGAGAGAGGACAGCCCCAGCGGACGCACUUCAUCGCCCGGAAACAAAGCUAUCAUGGUAACACCAUCGGGGCGCUAUGCGUGUCUGGCCAUGAGUCUCGACGGGCGUUCUAUCAGGAUUUCAUGUCGUCGAAUGUCUCGUUCGUGGACCCGUGCUAUGUCUAUCGCAUGAAGCAUGAUCACGAGUCUGAUGAGUCGUUUGUGGAUCGUCUGGCUCGGCAAUUUGAAGACGAGAUUCUUCGCGCUGGACCUGAUCGGGUUGCGGGCUUCAUUGCGGAGACGGUCAGUGGUACUACGCUGGGCUGUGUGCCGGCUGUCCCUGGGUAUUUCAGAGCAAUUCAAGAGAUCUGUGAUCGGUACGAGAUACUGCUGAUUCUGGAUGAGAUCAUUUGCGGAAUGGGUAAAACCGGCACCAUGCAUGCCUGGGAGCAGGAAGGUAUCCGCGGCCCCGACAUCCAGACCAUCGGCAAGGCUCUCGGAGCAGGCUUUGUCCCUUUAUCCGGCGUAUUGCUCCACGAGAAGAUCUUCGAUGCUCUGUCGGCUGGAUCAGAAGGGUUAGCACAUGGCCACACCUUUCAAGCUCAUCCCCUUGCCUGUGCAGCCGCCGUUGCAGCCCAGAAGAUAAUUGCCCGCGACAACCUCAUCGACAGAGUGAAUCUCAAGGGCCAGAGACUCGAAACCCUGUUGCGCACAGAGAUCAGCCCCCUUCCGUUAGUAGGAGACAUCCGAGGCCGAGGGUUAUUCUGGGCGGUGGAGUUCGUUCUGAACAAAGACCUCAAGACGCCGUUUCCCAUCGAAGCGAACUUUUGUUCGCAAGUUGUAAAGAACAGCAUGAAGAUGGGGUUAAAUAUCCUUGGGAAUCUGGGCCAUACUGGUCAAUAUCAGGUGGAUCAUAUCUUAGUCUGUCCGCCCUAUACGGUCGAGGAUUGGGAGCUGGAAAAGAUUGUGGCAAUUCUAGAAGCCGCUAUCAUCGAGACCAGCCAGCCUUUUGUUGAGGGUCUCUAG